AUGCGUAAUUCCGAGAAGAGAAGGGUUGCUGUGCAAUGGUGCAAGUCUGGUACGAAAUGUUUAUCUAUUACUUCUCCGGGAGAUUUACCUGAAAUAUGCAAACAAAGUGAUCUGGAUCUUCCUUUUUUGGAUCCAAAGGUUCACACUUAUGGUACCAGUAAUGAGGGUUUGUUGCUUAUCUACGAUGAUAACCACCUUUUUCUUUGCAACCCCACAACCAAACACUUUCGAUCCUUUCCAUCCAAAUACAAGGUACAUAAACCCGACCCAUGGAUUCCGUAUAUCGUGACUGCUGGUUUAGGCUAUCUUUCUGAAUCUGGUGAUUACAAAAUCGUAUGUGUUUAUCUAUGUGAUCGCGAAGAUCUGAAGAUGUCCAAGGUUGACAGGUUUGACAUUCAGGUGUAUUCAUUCAAAUCUAAGGAUUGGAAAAAGAUUAAAACUCCUGAUUUUUGUGCAUCUGCUUGGAUUGUCUACUCCGAACCUCCUACUUGUGUUGAAGGUAGUUGUUAUUGGUUUGCUUGUGGGACCAAAGUCGUAUCGUUCGAUUUUAGUGAAGAAAAAUUCUCUUACUUUUCUUUACCAUCUAAGACAGAUGACUAUAGCGCUCGCCUCAUCAAGUUAGAUAAUUAUUAUGGUGAAGAUUUGUAA